AUGGAUGCAGAAUUGAAUGCGUUGGCCAAGAAUGAUACUUGGACCAUUGUUGACUUACCACCUGACAAAACACCCAUAGGAUGUAAGUGGGUAUACAAGAUCAAGUAUCGUUCAAAUGGUGAAAUUGAGAGACACAAAGCCCGAUUGGUAGCCAAAGGGUUUACACAACAAGAAGGGAUUGUCUUUUUUGAUACAUUUUCACCAGUUGUCAAACUAACCUCUAUUCGUGUUUUACUCAGUAUUGCAGCUGCCAAGGGAUGGAUAUUGGAGCAACUGGAUGUAGAUAACGCAUUCCUUCACGAUGACCUUAGUGAAGAAGUGUAUAUGAAGAUCCCUCCAGGACUACAUACAUCCAAAACCAACUAG